CUGAGCGAGAACUUGAGGCUGUUGCUGCUACUGUUGGUGGUGAUAGUGGUGGAGUGAGAGUGAGAGUUUGCUUCUUCUUGAGCGCCUCCGCCGCCAAAAUAAAAACAAAAAAAAAAAAAAAAAAAGGUGGAUGUCGUCACUUGCUUCGUCAAACAAAUGCCGAAACACAUAAAGGAUUGACUUAGUCGCUGAGGGUGAGGAGCACCAACUGUUUAGCCGGCAAUUCUUAGCUCGAGCAUCUCUUCUCUAUCGUUUUGCCCUAUAAAUUUCUAUUCUCAUAGUCGGCGGCGGGCCGACUAUGUGGUUUCACUCGCUACUCUCCCUUUUGCUGCUAGUCCCACUGCGAUCCAUCCGCGCGCACCAAGAAUGCCCCUCCUCCUCUGCUGGCGAUGCCGCGAUCGCAAACUCCACGCUCUCUAGCAUCGGCGAUGGCGAGGACAUUCGAGAAUGGCUGGUUGGAAUCCGGCGGCGCAUCCACCAGCGCCCAGAGCUGGGCUUCCAAGAGUUUGAGACGAGCGCGCUCAUCCGGGCGGAGCUAGACGCGCUGGGCGUGCCGUACGAGUGGCCGGUGGCGGGCACGGGUGUGGUGGCCACCAUCGGUACGGGUGGGCCGCCCAUCGUGGCCCUGCGAGCCGACAUGGACGCCCUCCCUCUCCAGGAGCUGGGCAAUCCCGAGUACAAGAGCCAGGUGGCCGGUAAAAUGCACGCCUGUGGCCACGACGCCCACGUGGCGAUGCUGCUGGGUGCCGCGCGACUCCUCUCCCGCCCCGCCGCGGUACCGCGCGGUACAGUCCGGCUGCUCUUUCAGCCCGCCGAGGAGGGCCUCUACGGCGCCCUGGCCAUGGUUGAGGGUGGCGCGCUGGGUGACGCCCAGGCCAUCUUUGGCAUCCACGUCACCUCCGAGAGGCCGGUGGGUACCGCCAGCAGCCGCACGGGACCCCUCCUCGCGGGCGCCGGGUUUUUCACCGCUACCAUCACCGGACGUGGAGGCCACGCCGCCUUGCCGCACAAGACGAUAGAUCCCAUUCUCGCAGCAUCGAUGGUGGUGGCUAGUCUUCAGCAGCUCGUCUCCCGCGAAUCCAAUCCUCUCGAGAGCGAGGUCGUGUCCGUGACGUCCAUCCAGACCCCCGACUCUUUCAACGUCAUUCCUUCCACGGUGACGCUCAAAGGGACUUUCCGGGGCUACAAGAAAGAAGGCCUCAGGCGACUGAAAACCAGAAUCGAACAGGUGAUCACCAGCCAAGCUUCCGUGCAUCAGUGCUCGGCCAGCAUAGAUAUCAGUAACUUGCAACCCGCCACCUCCAACGAUCCGGAGCUCUACCACUUCUUCCAGGGAGUCGCGAAGGAUCUCCUGGGAGAAGACAAAGUGACCGAGAUGGAGCCUACCAUGGGAGCCGAGGACUUUGCUUUCUACUCGGAUCACGUCCCAACCAUGUUCUUCUUCCUGGGAAGUGGAAACGACGCCAAAGGAUUCGACAACCGGCCACACUCCCCAUACUUCGACUUGGACGAGGAUGUUCUACCGAUUGGAGCGGCCAUGCACGCGGCGCUCGCGACAAACUACAUUGAAAAGACAGCCACAGUUAGUGACAUCUAAGUUAAAUUCAAGCGUCGAAACCUCUACAAGAGCCAGCCUUGUCUGGUAAAGAAAAACUAUUCACAGAAACUUAUAUUCAAGUCAGUAACAACCCAAAAUCUCCUCCAGCAA